AUGUUGCUAGGUACUGCUAUCACGGCUCUUGUGCUCCAGAGCUCAAGCUUUUUGCAGCUUGAUCAGAACAGGGCAGCUGUGGCAAGCGUUUGUUCGAGCUCUACGAUCGUCCUUGCGGUGUAUCCCACACCAAUCACUGCAAACAAUGGAUCCGUAUCCACAUCGUACAGCCUUUCACUCGUUGAUGAGCCGACUGUCCAGCCAACCACAAAUUCCACGGCACUACUUACCACGAGCUCGACGUCUUCUUCCGGAUCAGUCCUGUCCGACUUCAGAACCACAUCGUCAACUAUUACGAGCUUGAUGUCUGCAGCCACUAGCACGACUCCACUCAACCUUAUUACUACCAGUCUCGCACCAAUUAGUUCUCCUGCAACGAGCUCAGCUUCUGCUAUCUCUAUUGCGAUUAGUACGAGCUCGGCCUCAAUUGGGAUCGCGCCUGCAAGCAGAGCUUUCAUCUCCUGUCCUGCAGAUGACGGUAUCUACUAUGCUGAUACGAACGACCGAGUGUAUCAACUGCGGUGCAACACCGAUGAGCCAGAGGCUACAAUUGGCACGAGCUAUCGAUCAAGACUGCAGGACUGUGUAGAAGCUUGUAGCAUGGUCGAAGGCUGCCUUAGUGUCUCGUAUGUCGCUACGUCUGGUCUAUGCUCUUACAAAGGCAAUGAACCACAACUUAAGAGCUUGAUCAAACGUCAAGAUUCUUCGACAACGGACUCUGCCAUUAUCUCCGACUACACAUGUCCCGAAGUUGAUGGUACUCGACUAGUAGAUUCUUCUGGUUCACUGUACGAGACACGGUGUAACACGUUCUUGCCUGCCAGUAGCAACAGCACUACGGUUCUUUCGGCCGAUGACUUGGCUUCCUGCUUUAACUAUUGCUCGAAUACCAACGGUUGUUCUAGCUUCACUUACCAGAAUGAAUCAUGCACCUUGAUCACCAACAGUAACUCGGCGGAUGGAGUCUAUCAAGACAAUGUGGCCACUGCUUACCUGUUAGGCACCAGGUCAGGACUGAUAGUAUCAAGCGUUGUGCUUUCAGCUAGUAGCACGUUUACUACGUCUAUUAAUUCGAGUUCCUCUUCUUUGCUAACAACUGAAGCUGCUGCUUCUACAACUAUCGACAUCUCUUCGACGGCCGCGAGCCGACAAUCAUCGAUAACAGUUGGCAACCCUCUUUCGCUACCUACUAUAGACCUGCCGAGCCUGUCUAUUCCGACAAUUAAUCUGCCGAGCUUGUCUCUUCCAUCGAUAACAAUUCCCAUCUCGAUCAACACCGCGCUGGUCCCCAGUAAUCUUCUCACGACGAUCGGAACUGGUGGUAGUCUCUUGCAGACGCCUACGCCAAUCGCAGGAAUAUCCGGAAUCGCAUCUCAGGCUAGCAGUCUUCUGUCAGUCGUUGGGGACCAACUCACGCUGCAUCCAUCGGAGUUACCAUUACCCUCGACCAUACCGCCGCUGCUAAAUGCGACCACGUUCGCUCCGGUCAUUACCGCCAUCCCUUCGUCUCUCAUUGGCGUUAUUGCGAGCGAUGUCAGCGUUAUUGCAAGCGGUGUAAAUAACGCCGCCUCGUCGCUCCUAUCUCAAGCGACUGGUGUUUUGACAAUCGUUGGCGACCCGCUUACGCUAUUGCCCUCGAGUUUGCCAACGCUACCUACCAUUUCAGCAAUACCUGGUGACAUUCUGACGACAUUAGCCCCGGUCGUGGCGCCUGCGCCCUCCAUUGUCAGUGUUGUCGUGAGUGACCUUGGCGACGCUUUAUCAUCAGUGGUAUCCGAUCUUCCGAUUGCGUCUGUUCUACCCACCUCUCUUGUUGGAGUCCUUGCGAGCGACAUCAGCGCCGUCGCCAGCGGAGUGGGAAACGCUGCGUCAUCAGUGCUGGCAGGUGUCAGUUCUUUGCUUGGCGGUAUUCCUCAGAUUACCGCAACCGCUACGCUUGACCUUGAUCUGCCAUCCGAUACGGCACUCAGCGCUAUUGUACCAAUUGUGUCCAGUGGCCUAGGAGUACUCAGCUCGAUUUCCGUGGACUCUACUUUGUCCGAAAUCUCCACCAUUGCGCUCCCCUCUCUCACGGACAUUGUGUCCUUGCCUUCAAUCACUCAGAUUAUGCCGUUGCAGUCGAUUACAGCGAUCGUAUCUUUACCCACCAUACUGACCGAUUCUGCCAUUCUGGAUGCCACCACCCUACUGAGUAUUCCGACCAAUCUUCCCCCUGCUAUCACCAAUGCUGCAUCGCUGCCCACAACAAUCACGAUUGCUCUCCCGUCUCCAACUUGUUUAAGAUACGAUCAGCUACUCAAUCUCUGUAUGGAUUCAGUAACAACCACGUCUGGUGAGCUUCCACUGUCUUUCGUCACCAGUCUCGAUCCAAUUAUUUCGAUCGGGUCUAGUGGCAUUAACGUACCUUCGGUGUCUUUGGAAAUCUCCAGCGCGAUUCCAGCUAUAACAGAAAUACCUAUCGCCACGCCGUCUGCUACGAUAAUAUCCGUCACGUCUCUGGCGGUUAGUGCUAUCGUUAAUCCUAUCCUCAGCACUAGCAGUAUCGUCAUCGCCAUCCCCAGCCUGUCAUCUUCAGCCCCGCUCCUUCCUUCACUGGCCUCAAGUGUAGGUCCUGGUCUGUCGCUAGGGUCUAGCAGUAUUGUUCUACUUCCAAGCUCCACACUCAAUCUGGGCCUCGGCCUUCCAGGAUCUGGGUCUAGUCAAUCGGGAGUGGUAUCUCCAACUCAGCCCGCAUCCAUCGUUUUGGCAACUACUACCAGUGCUUUUGGUCUGCUCCCUACCUCUUCGAUCGGAUUAGGUCUCGGUCUGCCCGGGUCCACAUCCACUCCCACAGUCACAAGCACUGCAUCCGGUCUGAAUCUUGGUUUAGGAGGACUGGGUUCAUCGGCAAUAUCUUCGUCGACCACCAGCUCAGUUGCUGGACUCAGCCUUGGCUUAGGCGGACUUGGACCUGUUUCGGGCACCAGCACUUCCGCAGUAGCGACCACAACGCCCGGACUAGACCUUGGCCUUGGUGGAGUAGGAUCUGGUGCUGCUCAAGCAGGAUCUACAACGUCUAGCUCAUCUAUCAGGUCAACAUCGACAAGCAGCGCAGUUGGCUUAAACCUGGGCCUUGGUGGUAUAGGGGGAGCAAGCUCUAGUAUUACAGCAUCAUCGUCUUCGGUCGUGUUCGUACGAACCACAUCCGCUACUUCUACAGUGGCAAGCACUACGCCUGGGCUGGACCUUGGUCUAGGUGGACUAGCCUCUGCUUCUAGUCAAGCAGGUCCGACAGUAUCAUCCACGGCGUUGUCAAGAACUACCAGUACCUCGUCCGUCUCCACAAGUACAAGCAGCACCGCAGCUGGACUAGAUCUCGGUCUUGGAGGACUAGGAGGAUCGUCCAGAUCAUCAUCAGCUUCAUCAGUGGCGUCCUCAACAUCCUCCGCUGCAUCAUCUGCGUCGUCCGUGAUUUCGUCAGCGUCGUUUUUAGCAAGCCCUCCAUUCACGACUUCGUCUGUCACCAGUACCGGCAUUGUUCUGGUUCCAACAUCUUCAGUGGCUCUUGCUCCGGGGCUGGGACUCGGCUCUGGUCAGUCAUCAUCGACCUCCUCGGCAUCAUCUGCAUCAUCGACCGCCGCAUCAUCCGCGUCUUCAGCAUCUUCACUGUCGACAUUAUCUGUAUCAUCUGCGUCUUCAUCAGCAUCCUCUGUAUCAUCUUCAGCGUCAUCAGUGCUUUCUUCCGUGGCACCGACGACGACGACCUCGAGGACCACAUCGACUUCUACACGAGUCACCAGUACUCAAGGUCUUGUUCAAAGUGUGGUAGGUGGAUUAGGUCGUCAAGUCUUGCACACACAGGAUCCGCCAUAUCAUGCCCAGAUGCCGACGCGACGUCCGCGAAUCACUAAAGCGGAGCAUCUUUACUAG